UUCUGACGGAGCUGUCCCAGCUGGGCAGGGACAGGAGCAGCCGCCCCAUCGCCUGCGCUCCCCCCGGGAUGCUCGGGGCGGGGAUGGGGGAUGUUCCCCCCCGGGGUGCCGGUCCCCUCCCUCCCCGCCGGGGCUGAGGAAGCGGAGGGAGCCGUGGAGUUGCUCUGCAUAUUAAUGAGCCGGGAGCGAGGGCAGCGGGAGCCGCUUUAAAGGAGGCGAAGGGAAGGCAGCGGCAGAGCGCAGGCAGCGCAGGCAGCGCCGGGCAGCCGCUCCGCCGGGAGCCGCUCCGCUGUCCCCUCCCUGGUGACACAGCCCCGGGACAGCGGGAUCGGGGGGACGAACCCCAAGCGAGAAAACACAUCAACCCCCCCGGCGUCUCCUCUGGUACCCGCUGUCUCACCAUGAAGCUCCUGACAGCAGCUCUACUUCUGCUCUUCAUCGCGAUGUGCUUGGCCAGCGCAGAAGGCGUGAAGUGCAAAUGCUCAAGGAAAGGUCCUAAAAUAAGAUUCUCUAACGUACGGAAGCUGGAAGUGAAACCGAGGUACCCGUUUUGCGUGGAAGAGAUGAUUAUUGUGACACUGUGGACCAAGGUGAGGGGGGAGCAGCAGCACUGCCUGAACCCCAAACGCCAGAACACCGUGAGGCUGCUCAAGUGGUACCGAGUAUGGAAGGAGAAAGGCAGGGUCUAUGAAGAAUAAGAACAAGCGGUGUGAGGACUGGAGCAGAUUCCCUUGGCUGGCAUAGGACUGGGCUCUACAGAAGAUUAUUUCUCUCUCGCAGGCAUAAGACACAAAUUCUAUAUUAUUAUAAAGCACUUUUUACCAAGGGUCUGUUUUUACAUUUUAUAGCCACGUGCAAAAGGCUUCCAGAUUUCCCAAGCAUCUGUUGCACUUCUGAUUCCACACCCGUCUGCUCCGCACCGAAAUUGGGAAAAACAUGUUCUUUUCGUUCUAAAGAAGUCGUUUGGGGAAUUUUUUUUUUUUUGAUCUUUUUUCUUUUUAAUUAUUCUUCAUUCAUACUGCACUAUGACUGCAAUCGAGCUUUAUAAGCUCAUCGGGCAAACCGCGACGUUGGUGACGGUGUCACACACACACAGCCAUUCCCUCGCCCCCUGGGCAGCGGGAAAGCUUCGGGGCCGGGCUUUGUUGGGCGCAUUUGCAGCCUCCUCCGCCUCAGCCGGGCAAAGCAGGGACCAAAGACGAGUUUGCUGGGGCAGCUGCCACCGGAACGUGGCUGUACCUGCAGAACGAGGUCCCUCCUCAGCACCUCAAGUGAGCCUGAGAUCACUUGUGUACCUCUUCUUUAAAGGACUCGAGGUCUGGCUGCAAAGCGAAGCGCCCCCUGCCUCCCUUUUAACCUCUCAUGCAAUUAGGAAGCAUUUCUAGGUUGGUUUUAUUACUAAGAAAAUAAAAAAGUCUGUUCGGUUUGGGGUUUUUUGGUUGGUUUUGUUGGGUUUUUUUCUCACCUGAAGCGCUCACAUGGAGUUUGUGGCUUCAGUACUGAGAUAUUUUAAGCUUCGAGGCUAUUGUGUAUGAUUUCCUAGAUUUGUAGCAACAACAACAAAGAAAGCCUUUAAAAGGUACCUUUUUAUGACAAAUAUGAUAGGGCAAACAUAUAAAUACCUAUGUAUGUUUUAGUCACAAUACAACAUAUUCAUUAUUUUGAAUGUAAUACUUCCAUGUUAAGCAGUGCAUUCCUCUUUUUAAUAUAACAAAACUACCUUUUCAUUUGUAAAUAUACUAUAGGAAGUCUCCCUAUAUUAUCUUGCUGUAUAAUGUACUGUACUGCUAAAUUAUCAUAUGCUAUUUAAAUGUUUGAAAUAUUUAGAAGGUUGCAUGCAGA